AUGUCUCAAAAUUCGCAGCCUCGUGUCGAGGUCGCUGAGGUCUCGCGCCUCAUUGCGCAGAACCGAAACAUCGUCAUUCAUGAGGGACACGCCCUGGAUUUGACCACAUGGAUCAACAGGCAUCCCGGAGGAAGGCUUGCAAUACUGCACAUGGUGGGAAGAGACGCUACAGAUGAGAUGAACAUCUACCACUCCGCGAGGACUCUUCUGUGCAUGAAGCAGUUUCGCAUUGGUCGGAUACAAGAGCCCUGGACGAACCUCGACCCGCCGAUCCGAUCGCCCGACUUUUAUACAAAGGAAGCGCUACGCAAACAAGAAGCAAAGAAGGGGGAUAAGGAGAGCCUGGAGCGGAGAAGGCGAAGCCGAACGAGUGUCGACCUAAGCUCCGUGGGUCUACUCCAUAACAGCACCACGGUUUCUCGUGCGUGUGCUGCCGCAGUUGUCAUUCACAAGAAGCUGAACCAGACACCUUGCACACGGAGAGCAAUUCCAAUUGUCGGGGUCGACCUAGAAUCACAGCCCCAACCUCGCACACCAAUCGUAUCGGUCGCCACCGUAUCAGCCAAUGUCGACAGCCCUGAUGAAGCAGUCGCAGCACGCGAGCGAUAUGCUACCGAGCUAGAGAAGAAGGAAAUUGAGGAUGGCCUGCGUGACAACCCUUCCGUCGACUUCGAUACCCAGCGAGCUAUUGCUUUGGAAUAUCGUGCGCUACAUCAGCAGAUCAAAGACCAAGGCCUAUACGCAUGUCGCUUUAGCGAGUAUGGCAAGGAGAGCAUUCGCUACGGUGUUCUCUUCGCAGCGUUCCUCUACCUCCUCCACAUUGAAUGGUACCUUACAUCUGCCAUCGCGCUGGGGCUGUUCUGGCAACAAAUCAUGUUCACCGCCCACGACGCUGCCCACUGCGGAAUCACCGCCAAUUUCACCGUGGACACACUGAUUGGUGCGUUCAUCGCAGAUUUCUGCUGUGGGCUCAGCAUCGGCUGGUGGAAGUCUUCCCACAACGUACACCAUCUCAUCACGAACGACCCUGUGCACGACCCGGACAUCCAGAACACACCGCUCUUCUCGAACUCCCCUACUUUCAUGAAGUCGGUGCUCAGUUCAUUUUACAACUUCCGAUUCGUGUGGGAUGGCGCUGCUGAUGUGCUGAUCCCGUACCAAAAGUACACGUACUACCCGGUGAUGGCCUUGGCGAGGUUCAACCUGUACAUGCUCUCAUGGCUGCACUUGGUGAGCCCACGAGCCGCGCAAUUAGGAGCAGCAUGGUGGACACGCCCGGUGGAGAUUGCAUUUAUGGCGUGCUACUGGUACAUUUUUGGAUACUGCCUUGUCUGGAGCACGCUUCCCGACUGGCCCACACGCGUGGCGUUUGUGCUGGUUUCCCACAUGGUUACCAUGAUUCUACACGUCCAAAUUACGCUUUCCCAUUGGGGCAUGCCCACUUCGGACCUUGGAUCCACUGAAUCCUUCGCGCAGCGCCAACUACGCACAACGAUGGACGUCGACUGCCCUGCCUGGUUGGACUGGUUCCACGGAGGCCUGCAGUUCCAAGCUGUGCACCACCUUUUCCCUAGAGUUCCUCGACACAACCUCCGACAAGCGCAGAGCUUGGUGCGCAACUUCUGCGAUAAGACACAGCUUAGAUAUCAGUGCUAUGGCUUUGUGGAUGGCAAUAAGAUUGUGCUGAGCCGGCUGGAGGAGGUAGCCAAAAUGGUCACGACUCUGGUGGACUGCCAGAAGCAUAUGAUUGAGACGGGAGAAAGUGGUCUGCAUUAG